UCCUAGAUCCCAACAACUGCAUGGACUUCCUCGGGAAUUUUCAUUUUUAGAUCCAUGAGUAUUUCUUCAGCGGGGAAAUUUCGUUAUAAAUUGCACCUGCUCACAUCUAUGGAUGUAUGACUGGAUUCGUACAAAACAAGCCGAAAACUGUACGUCAUAUUCCUUUUAUUGUAUAAAGGAAGGCAUUGAAAAUCGAAUGACAUCUUAUCUUUCUCAUCUUGACUGCAGAAAACAUGGCCAAGAAAGUAAAUACCUUCUUUUAUCGGUUUCUUUAGCAUUUGUUAUUGCAUUUAUCCUCAUAAUUUUUGUUCACUUUUUAAAGUUUGAAUUGAGGGUCAUUCUAAGAUCCAGACGAAUAUUGAGGACGUCUCAGAAAACGCCGGACGAAGAUUGUGUGGUUUACAUUUCAUAUGACGAAAAAAUCGAAGAUUUAAACUUGUGGCUCAUUACAAGACUCGAACCGUUCUUAACAGGAAAUGAAUUAAGUGCAUUCAUCCCGUCACGUGACUUACUUCCGGGUUGUGUAAGAUCGGAAGAGACGGCAUGGCAGAUAUCAGUCUCUAGGUACUAUCUUGUACUCCUGUCUGACAACUACUUCGAUGAAGACUCUUUGCAGACACAGAAUGAUUGGAAGUGUAUCUGGAAAAAUUACUUUUCUGACCCCAGAAAGGAAUUAGUGGUCAUAAACUACGAUCUGAUGAAUGCAACAGGUGUUCGUUGUAAGACCUUAAGGGCAAUCAUGCGUUUUGGCAAUGUAGUGGAUUUCGCUUCAGGAGAAAAGACAAUUUUUUCCAAGAUAUUGGAAAAGUUUUCAAUUGAUAAUUGCCAGAUAUUUUAG